AUAGACUCCACCAUCGGCACAAAAUGGAUGCCCGCAUCGGACUGGAGUACAUCAUCGAAAACAACGACUAUGUGAACAAGCUGGGACUGGCGCUGGACACCAACAAUGUCACGGUUAAGAAGCAAAUCUUCGAGCUGCUGUCGACGCUUUGUGCGUUCAGCGCAAACGGGUAUAAGCGUGCCAUCGAAACGCUGGAACACUACAAGAGUAUUAAGGGUGAACGGUAUCGGCUGAAUCUGGUCGUGUCCGAGCUAGACAAGGCGACUGCGGUCGAAUACCAGAUAGCGCUGCUGGCGUUCGUCAACUGCGUGAUCAUAUCGGCCGGUUCGCUCAAGGAUCGGAUACGCAUGCGCAACGAGUUUAUUGGAUUAAACCUCAUACCAGUAUUAAAUAAUUUAAGGCGCACGGCCAGCAGCGUUCCGGACAUUGCCUCCCAGCUAGAGGUGUUCGACGAGCAGCAAGAAUGCGACCUUUCCCAGAGCCUCCAAGUGCCGGACGGGAUCGAUCUGAACUCGCAUCUUGAUGUCUUCAAUGCAAUUCUAGCCCAGGUGGCCGGCACCCCGCAAGCAACGCCAUUUCUAAGCAUACUUCAGCAUUUGCUGCAGAUUGACCCGAAGGAGCAGAUCAGUGACAUCGUUUGGGAUACGGCCGAAACGCUCGUACACCGGGCCACACUGCUGGAGGACAAGGAAGCCUCUGCCCGCCUGCUAAGGGCACCGAGCGUCCAGAAAUUCUUCACCUGUCCCCACUGUCGGGGCGAUCUGAGCGGAGGCCCAGCGCGUCGCCCCUCCAUUGGCAGUUCGCUGCAACCCUCGCCAAGCACAACCUUCAAUCCGCCACCACCACCACCACCUGCUCAGUGUGCCGCGGCACCUCCACCACCACCUCCGCCCGGUGGUGGAACUGCUCCUCCACCACCACCUCCGCCACCCCUUGCCGGUGGUCGAGCACCACCACCACCACCUCCGCCCAUGGCCGGUGGACCACCACCACCGGCACCACCGGCCCCGCCGGCACCCAACCUGCUUGCCGUGCAGGCCAACGCAAACGGUACACUGGCCCGGUCGAAAACACCGGAUGAGCAGAUCGUAAUAGUAAAACCACUACCGCAACAGGAAACACCAGUGCCGCGUGCCAAGAUGAAAACUAUCAACUGGAACAAAAUUCCACCCCAGCGGGUACUAGGCAAACAAAACAUCUGGUCGAUAGUGGCCGAUUCGCACCAGGACAGUCCAAUGGCUGAUUUGAACUGGGACGAAAUGGAAGGACUGUUUUGCUUGCAGACGCAAACGCAAGGUUCACCGAAACUGGGCCAUCGUUCGGGCGCGUCCGGGGGUGACGGAAGCAACGGUGGUGGUACGGACACGCCGGAUUCACGCAAAUCGCGCAAGGAAAACGAAAUCACGCUGCUGGACGGUAAGCGCAGCCUGAACGUGAACAUCUUCCUGAAGCAGUUCCGCACCUCGAACGAGGACAUCAUACAGCUGAUACGGAACGGUGAGCAUGAGGACAUUGGGGCGGAGAAGCUGCGCGGACUGCUCAAGCUGUUGCCGGAGGUGGACGAGCUGGAGAUGCUGCGAGCCUUCGAUGGCGAUAAUAACCGGUUGGGCAAUGCGGAGAAGUUUCUGCUGCAGCUGGUACAAGUGCCUAAUUAUAAGUUAAGAAUCGAAAGUAUGUUGCUGAAGGAAGAAUUUAAGGCGAAUCUGAUGUAUUUGGAGCCAAACAUACAUGCAAUGCUAUUUGCUGGUGAAGAUCUGAUGAACAAUAAAGCACUCCAGGAGGUACUGUACAUGGUCGUGGUAGCUGGUAACUUCCUUAACUCGGGAGGAUACGCAGGUAAUGCGGCUGGCGUCAAACUGUCCUCGCUGCAGAAGCUCACCGAUAUCCGUGCGAACAAACCGGGCAUGAAUCUGAUACACUUUGUGGCGCUGCAGGCUGAGAAGAAGAAUUCCUCCUUGUUGGAAUUCCCCGGACAACUAACAAUGUUGGAGAACGCGACCAAAACCACUGUCGAGCAGAUAAGCAACGAGGUGAACGCCAUCGACAAUCGCAUCAAAAAGAUCAAGAAACAGAUCGAACUCCCGAAGACGGAGGAAGACAUCAAGCUCCAGAUGGAGGAGUUCCUUAGUGCAGCGGAACAGGACGUCCUGAUGCUACAGCGAGCACUGAAACAGCUGGAAGCGAUGCGCCUUCAGUUGGCCGAAUUCUUCUGCGAGGAUAUGGCCACGUUCAAGAUGGAGGAAUGUUUCAAAAUUUUCCACAUCUUUAGCGAAAAGUUCCAGCACGCUGUUAAGGACAACGAGAAGCGCCGUGUACAGGAGGAACAGGCCAUGAUACGUAGGAAGCAGCGGGAAGAAACACUUAGGAGAAGGCAAUCUAAUCAACCCGGAACACCGGUGUCCGAUUCGGAAGGUAGUCUGCUGCUGGACGCAUCGCAGUACGAUCUACGCUACAGUCCAGCAAUGUCUCGUCGACGUUUAGGGUCGUUCAAUAGCAACGGAGAUGCGCUGCUGAUGCGAGACGAAUGUGCCUCCCCGGACAUUACACCGAACGGGAGCCUUAGACGACGCCGCAGCCGAGUGCUUUCGGAGGAAGAUGAAGGUAAUCUCAUGGACUUUUUGCGCUCGUCCGGCCACGAGAGUAGCAAUCGGGAGCGCAAGUCUGCUGCUUACGGUAGCUUAGAUAGAUCCUGGGCACGACGGGCCCGCUCAGGCAGCGGUAGUAAGAAGCGUCCAGAUCUGCUGAACGUACAGUUCGGUGCAGAUCGUGAACGGCCUAGCUCACCUUCACCCAUAGCCGAAUCGAAGCCGCUCGCGGUGGAAGAACACAAACCGAGAAUUUCCAGGGAAUGGCGGCAAAAGAUCGAAUCCUGGCUGCAGGCGAACGAGCAGGACGAGCGACAGAACGACGACUACAAAAAGAAGCUCAAACGGGUUACUGCUAACAGGCGCUCCUACGAAACGGACAACGAAAGCGAUCGGGGCAGCAAGCUGGACCCGCUGCCGGAGGAGAAACCGCCCACGGUAACCUCACCCGAACCACCCAGUGUUCCGCGAAUAGUGGCCCCGGCUGGGCAGGGACAGGCGUCCGUUGCAUCACCAUUGGCCACGGAGCAGCAGCAGCUGUUCGGUGGACCGAUGACGUACAAACGAGUCUAUCCCAAUUGGCGUCCGGCGACGUCACUCGAGCAGACGGAUGUCGUUGGUACGAUAGAGGCCUUGACAGGUGCGGCCUCACCGGAUGCGGAUAAAUCACCGUGGCGCAAGUCGGUUCUUAACACAGCAAACACAGCAACGGACAGUGAUGAUCCGUCCAAUCCACGCUACCGUCGACAGCGUUCCCGCGAGGGCCCUAAUCCCAGUUCCAAUCUCCAAUCAAUCCUUGAAGAGGACAAGCGCAAAAACAUUAUCCAAUCGUUGGGUGAACGGCCACCAUCAGAUCGGCUACAGAUCUACAUCCGUCGGGGAUCGGAUAACCCGCCACCUGUAACAUCGGCAGACAGUUCGCCCACCUCUGCCACCAAGGGUACCGCCAAUGGAGAGGAGCACAAGCAGUCGAUUUACAUCCGACAGCCGGUCGGUAAUGAAAAGCAGCACAACUCAGCCGGGACAUCUUCUACGAUAUCGUCCAGUACCGCCAGCACUAUCUCCGGCUCGGAAGUGGUCGGAGGUGCGGCCGGAGACACAACUACAUCACCGUCUUCUGGUGCUGUGGCUCCACCUCCCCGUCGCACGCGACGUGCGCAUCACGUGUAUGACGAAUCAACGAACAACAAGAUAGAGAUCGAUUCCGACAAUAUCGAGACACCGCCAUCGAUUCGCCGUAAUGUCGGAGGAAUUGGCGGAGCGGGUGCGGCGAGUGUAGCUUCUGGUGGCGGAUCUUGCCGACGUUUGCAUCACCAGAGCCAGAGCGAUUCAAAGGAUUCCCAUUUACUGCUAGCAAACGAUUCGGGUAAGGGUUCUUCGGCUGCCGAUAGUACUGGUACGGAAGUGCUAGGCGAUGGACAAUUCGAUCGGUUUUCGUCGGCUAGACGGACGCGCCGUUUUAAGCGUCCGAUCGAUUUGGGAGCGUCGGGAACGGGUAGCGGCAAUGAAACUACCACCACCACAGCAACCACCGCUUCUCCAUCGCCCGACUCCUUGCCAGACAGUACGACGCAGAGUCCACUACUUUUGGCCACCAAUGUGACGUCGACCGGCAAGGAUAGCAGUGCGAAGCAUGAGCAGGAACAACGUCUGAAGCGCUGGCAGGACAAGCUAAAGUCUUCGACGGAUACCACAAAAACGACCAUUUCUCCGUCACUCAAUGGUCGCGAAUCGCCCCGUUCGCACGCUGAAGCCGUCCUGAAUCGGGCCAGCAAGGUUGGGCGCACCAUUAGCCGCAUCAGUCAGGAGGAUGUGCGUGAAGCGAUUCGUAGUCUAAAAUCUCCCACACCCGAACGUACCUGGAGCCCUACCAAGGACAUCCACCAGCAGCACGUCAAGGGUGUUCCAAUCGCGCACGAGCUCAAUGACGAAGGUUUCGAGGAGACGCAGAGCCUCGUCUCAGACACACCUUCACAGGGCAAAGAAAGUGUGUCGUCCUGCAAUGAUUAUGGGUCGGAUACGAAGAGCAAGCGUGUUGUGGCUGCAACACCAGCUACCACCACAAAGCUCUCGUCUCCUGCUCCUGUUACCAACCUGAAGACAAGUCGCACCAAUAGCCCAAGCAUGGCCAGCCUGUUGAUGGUAAAGAACGGAAGCUCGGGUCUCGAGCGGAGUCGGUCUUUGCGUGGCGCACCCACGACCGGCGGAUCCCCCGUAAGCAAGAAUCUCCUACCACGCCGGACCGCUUCCAUGCGGCGUGGUACCACUAGCAACACCACCACAGCCGGCUCUACAACCAGUAUGGAUGGUUCUACGCCCAGUUUGCUUCGACCUAUUGCUCGCCAAGCGCAGGACGUCGAACGGAGCAAUUCCCGCACCAGUCUUCGUUCGUCCCGCUCAUCCUUGAGCAGUGCUGUAUCGACGAACACCGUGCGUAAGGUUCCACCUCCUCCGUUGCGUUCCGGUCCCAACAACAGCAGCAGUAGCUCUAGCACCUUUUCCAAGACUUUCUCUCCGCUCUCUACGAUGGCAACCUCGACGCUGUCGGCAAACAGUUCUCCCUCCAAACGGCCCUUGGGCACCGCUACCUCGGGCAACAUCGGGCAUCGUGGUGCACCGGCUAGUCGCAGCAGUUCCAGCGGUUCGAGCAUCGGACCAACGGCCACCAUUGUUCGCAAACCGCCCGCCGCUAAAUCGGCGGCCAAGGAAAAUCAGCUGCAUUCGUCGACUGGCGGUCGGAUACCGCCGGGAAGCAAGUCGACCAGUAGCGGUAGCUUGACCGGCUCUGGCACUGGAGGUGGUGGUGGUGGGGGAGGAGGCGGUGUUAGUCCAACGCCAGCCACGGGACGUCAGUCGGUCACCGCACAACAGCAAGCGGCAGUGACCAACCGACGUACCAGUGGGUUCAUGCGUCCAACUACCUCCAGUGCCACCAAAGUGAAGGGCAAGUAG